AUGUCGAGUACCACUCCAAGCCAGGAUCUAGAGACUGCUCAGGUCACGAAGCAUGUAUCACGCUUUGAGACUUUGCAGGUGCACGCGGGUCAAACCCCUGACUCUACGACGGUGGCUCGCGGUGUACCAAUAUAUCAAACCUACGUCUUCAAUUUUCGCAGUUCAGCCCAUGCUGCGAGGCUCUUCAACCUAGAGGAAGAGGGCGAGAUUGCCACACGCACUGGCAAUCCUACCACCGCCGUUGUUGAGCGUCGGGUGGCGGCGCUUGAGGGCGGCGUUGCGGCUGUAGCAGUGUCAUCCGGCCAGUCAGCAGUCUUCAUGACUAUGGUUGCCUUAGCUGGGCAAGGGGACAAUAUUGUAGCGACCAAGCAUUACUAUCAUGGUGCUUACAACCAGUUCUCCUUCUUGCUGCCAGAGUUUGGUGUCGAAACCAGAGUGGUGGAGGAAACAGCAGAAGCCUUUCGAGCGGCCAUUGAUGGGCGCACGAAGGCCGUUUAUAUCGAAACUGUCGGGCAUCCGAACUUCAACGUGCCCGACAUCCAAGCCAUUGCAAAAGUAGCACACGACAACGGCGUGCCCCUUGUGGUCGAGAACACGGUCGGGUGUGCUUACUUCUGCCAACCCAUCCAACACGGGGCCGAUAUCGUUGUUGCCAGUAUGAGCAAAUGGAUCGGGGGCCACGGCAGCGCCACGGGUGGCAUCAUUGUCGACUCCGGCAACUUCGACUGGAAGAAUUCUACACGCUUUCCACAGUUCAACAAGCCCUGUCCAGGCUUUCACGGACUGAAUUUCUCUGAGAGGUUUGCCAGAGAAGCCUUCAUUAUGCGCAUCAGGGGCCAGAUUCUGCGAGAUGUAGGCUCAUGUCUCUCUCCCUUUAACAGCCAGCAGUUCGUUCUGGGAAUUGAGACGCUCAGCCUACGUUGCGAGAGACACGCACAGAACACCAUUGCCCUGGCCAGGUGGCUGGAGAAGCACGACAACGUUCUCUGGGUUUCCUACCCCGGGCUCCCCAGCCAUCCGCACUAUGAGCUUGCCCAAAAAUAUUUGCCCAAAGGGGCGGGCGCCGUGCUCAUGUUUGGCGUUAAAGGUGGGGCAGACGCAGGAGAGCAGCUGGUUGACAAUUUCAAAAUGAUCUCGAAUAAUCCAGGGUAA